AUGGGUCGCAACAAUCACAAGAAGGCUGUGCGGGAUGCGAAAGCCACCAUAGAAUUCUUCAAUCAAACUCCUGCAGCAUCGGCGUCGACUCUUGCACCUACCCGAUCGCACUCUGGACCACUGCAUUCAAGCCGUCCACCCGCUUCCCCUCCGGGCGAGACUUCAAAGAUCUCUAUUUCUGACCUUUUCGACACAAAUCUUCCUCAGGGCUUCGACUCGAAUCACUGGAUCAACUAUCUCUACAGUUGGGGUUUUGCCCUCUAUGACCUUUGCCAAAACGACAAGAACCAAGGACUCGACGACCUUGUCAAUUGCUUCCAGCUCGCCUAUCACCGCAUCCGAGGCAACGACGCCGGCGCAUGCGCCAUUUUUUGGCACGUUGAUUUUUUUGUCUCAAAACAGCUCGUUGACGGCAUCAAUGCCGGCAGAUUCCCUCCUGGUUUCGUCGUCACUGGAUCCCAAUCAGCACUUAGAGAGCAGGGUCUCGAAAUUGUGGCACCGCUACACAUGACCACACGUCAAAUACUGGAUAAGUUUGUCACAUUUAUCCUUGAACGAGCAGGACAAGUCAACGCACAGGUCCCCCUUCUCGUCAUUGACUCAGAACACUUCCCACGUGCCGUUCCUUUCCUCACUCUCGGUCUGUUUCAAGCCUACGCCCUCUACCAGAGCGGCAAGUUCCCAGAUCGGAGAGACAUAGUCGAAUUGAUUGAAGCCAGAAAAUCCAAGAUACCCAACAGACCAAACAUUUACAUCAAGGCUUCUCUCCCUAUCGAGGGCAAUCCUGCUGAUUUUCAAGCCAAUUCCACUGAGGGGAAAACCGCAAAGAAGGAUAUUGAAUCCAAGGAUACUGAGGUUGAUGUGACAACGACCCAUACCAAUACGAAUGCAACACAUUCUUCCACCACAGACACAGACAUCAUUGAAGUUGAGUCAUCUGGCAACGACAAAGCAACCAUAACGAAAGGUGCGGUCUACGUCGACAAGGCAACUGACACUAAUGGUCUCCGCGACUUCGCUCGAGCAAACAUCGGCAAAGUAAAGGGCCUUCGAGCAACAGCAGCCAAUACCAAUACUACUACCACCGGAGGACCAGCACGCUUCGACACUGGCAUCGAUACGGCCUCACUUGCUCCCAAAGACGCAUAUGACCAUCUCGCCGAAGAACUCGCGCAACUCGUCUACACCGACUUCCCGACUCCUGAGCAUCGUCGUGCUGCCUUUCGUCGCGCUUACCAAAACAUUAUGCACUCCGAAACCCUCAUCGCCGCCCGUGGCACGCAACGCCUUCGUCCCACUGCGACCAAAGCAACUGAAGAAGCCAAAAAGGUUGGUAGUGGUGCUGGUGAGUGGAAGGAAAAAUUUGGGAUAGGCAAGAUGUCAGGCUGGGCAGGAGAGUUGGAACAGAUGCAGAUUGAUGCGUCGAGAAAGAAACCUGAAGAAAAGAAUUAG